AUGGCUCACUAUCAGUUUGAUGUCGAGAUGGCAUGUGGCGGGUGCUCAGGUGCUAUCGAGCGGGUUCUCAAUAAGUUGGAUGGUGUUAACACCGUCACUACCAACCUUGACACCCAAAAAGUUGACGUGAUCGCAAACGACGAUGUGUCAUACGAAACCGUGCUCGAAAAGAUCAAGAAGACGGGGAAGAAGGUUAAUGGAGGUAAGACGUUGUGA